AUGACAUCCGCAGGCUCCGACCUGGGCUCCGACGUUCCUCAGUCAGGCACGAUCCAUCCAAUGACUGUACAGAAGCCCACCCUCCUCUUUCUCUUGAACAUCCACACCAUCGCCGAGCGCCUCGCGCUUUUCCUCCCCGUGCGCUCAUGGCUGCAUCUCCGUGCGUCCUCCCGCAGCCUGCUCGCGUUGGAGUCCACUCCGAUGCUCUGGAAACGCUUGCUCGACCGGGACUUUUCCGCGCAGCUAAGCCGUUCCUCCCGGGUUCUCCAUGGGCGCUAUCCGGACAUAUGUCGCUCUGCAUACAUAGCGCUGGCUUCCCGUCGUUUACUCCGCCGUCCAGGCUUGUUUCUAGUUCGAGACGAGUUCCCGCGGUUCUUUCAGCGCUCGGCUCCCCAAAAUCAGACACACUUUGUAGUGGGGAGGCACUUGUAUCGUAUGGCGGUUGUGGCGGAACCGGACGGAUUCAGCUAUUCGAGGGAACUGUCUCGAUUGGAUCUUGAUGGAUUCCUGCGGAAACGGGAACGGUCCGCCCCUGGGUCCGGAUUGCUUUAUUGGGAUGGGGCCGCCGUCGACCUCGUCCAUACCGACAACAAAGUGGAAUGGGAGGCGGUUACUCUGGGUGCUGGCCUGGAGAGAGUCGAGGGAACCUUGUUCAUUGGACCACCGCAAUCUGACGCUGCCGCUCUCUUUUACUGUAAUCUGCGCAACAAUCUUCACGCGUAUUCCUCGGAUGGCAACGAUGAAGACGACAGCGAUGAAGAUGACAUGGUCCCCAAUGGGACGGGAACGGCAACGGACGGCUUAGGGGAGGACUCAAGCUCUGAUGAACCGGAUAUGGCCCAACUAUACCUCUUCCGACCAGGACAUCCACUCCAAACCAUCAUCCCUGAUCCACGCUGUCCGCAUCCCAUCCCCCUACCCGCAUCCUCCGGCAUCACCAUCCACGCAACCUCCACCACAGAGUUCCUAAUAGCCGGCACCUUCCUUCGCCAUCCAUCAGAUACCUCUCUGCCAUCCUCUCUGGACACUUUAAAUUGCCUGGAAAUCAUACUAAUCCCCGAUGGACCAACCCUUUACUACCGCUGGGGGUGGCUCGGUUGCACUACCCACCCUUCAGCCCCACCCGCACGGGACCGGCACACAUUCAUUGACGUACCGCACCUGAACGCGUUCGCCUCGUUUGGUGGUACGCAGCCGACAACCCUCUCGCCCGCGGAUCUGAUCGAUGUAUAUAUGCUGGAUGCACGUGACAAACAGACUUUCUUGAGACUGCCCUCGGUGGGUGACGAUAUGCCGAAAAUCAGCUGCGAGCACUUCCUCCCGCAUCAUUCGACGGUGCGGGUUGGGGAUGCGCUUUAUGUGUUUUCAUGGGGGUCGAGCGGCGCAGCGGGUAACGCGGCGUUGCAUCGAGUGGAUAUUGUAGCAGCACCCAGCGGCGAAGGCGGUCCCACCAGUGCGGUCUGGACGCAGGUGGGUUUGGUUUCGGUCUGGCCCACUUUACAGGGCAAGCCGCUGGUGUUCCUGCAUGAGGGAUACAUGAUUGGAGUGGUUUCCGCCGCGCAUGGUGAAGAGGUGGACAACGCGGAGGACAAGAACAAUGUUAUCGCUAACCUUGAGACGCAGCGGAUGCUGAUGCAAACGGCGUGGACGGAUUUAAGAGCCCAACGACAGCAAGCCCUCGCGGAGGUUGCUAAACGCGGAAAAGUCAAAGAGAUAUGUUCGCCGGACUGUUGCGAAGUUACGUUUCGAGCUUUGUGUAUGUGUGAAGAGGAGGACCAUGCGCAGGACAAGGACAAUAAAGGCGAAGGGGCGGCCGGACGACAUAAACUCCCCGCUGAGCUGGAACAGGUGGGAUUCAAGCUGGAAGCAGGACGACGUGAACUCACCUCUGAGCGGAAAAAGUCGGAACUGAACCUGGAAGCCGAGAUCGCAGAGCUGAAAGAGCUGGAAUUGAAGCGAGAAGCCGAGAUCACCGGACGACUUCAACCCACCGCGUAG